UGCUUUUUCUCAUCUGCCACUGGAAACCAUCACAUAUUUUGGUUGAAGAAGGCCGUGAAAAGUUUACGCAGUAAAUUUCAAAUUUGAACCGAAAAAAGUGCGUUUUGGGAAUAAUUUCUGGUUUCGGGCUGUACUUCGGAACUUGCCGUUUCAAUGUCUCUGUUCGGGAUGAUGGGGGAUCUAGAGGAUGAUCCGAUUUUCGGGCAUCAUAUGCGUUCGAUGAGACAAAUGAAUAACAUGAUGAACUCCUUGUUUGCCGAUCCGUUUGGAAUGUUUGAUUCAAUGGGUGGUGCCGGGGGAAUGCAUCGCGGAGGAAAUGCAUUGAUGCCAUUCAUGGGCGGAGGUCUUAACAAUAUGAACGCUAUCAGUAGCGUAAACAGCAUGAACAAUAUGAACGGUAUGAACAGACUACUGAAUGGCAAUCCGCAGGGAUCGAUGUUUUGCAGCAGCAGUGUGAUUUCUAUGUCCUCUGGACCAAACGGACCUCAGGUUUAUCAGGCUACAUCCAGCACCAGAACCGGUCCUGGUGGUAUCAAGGAAACACGUAGAACCGUACAAGACAGCCGUUCUGGUACGAAAAAAAUGGCGAUUGGACACCACAUUGGAGAACGUGCUCACAUUAUAGAGCGAGAGCAAAAUGUUCGCACCGGAACGCAAGAAGAGCGACAGGAUUUUAUUAAUCUAGCUGAUGAUGAAGCAGAAGAUUUCGACAGAGAGUUCCACAGUAUGGCACGCAGUGCUAUAACGUAUCCUGGAAGCAGACGAUCCGGGCCCCAAAUUCUUGAACUGACUGAUAGUCCGUCGAAUUCUCAUAGCCCUGGUAGCCCAAAGCAUCAUCGUUCCGAACCCCAGAUUGUUGAACUGCCUCCAGAUGAUCCUCCGAAAGUUCGUAGUGGCCGUGGAUCGCCACCAGGGAAAGGAAAGUCUAAAAGUUUAAUGAAUACUUCUGGACGUCGUUCUGGACCAGAAAUAACCGAACUACCAAAUUCACCGCAAAUUCGGGCAAUCGCCAGUAGUCCACACAAUGUUCCGGUAGUUCAGAACCCUCCAUCGACGAUUUCCAUUUCGGGUUUUAAUAGGAACCGUAUCACCGGUGGGCCGGUCGCAUCACCAAGAAGAGGAGUAAGAUCGCCAGCAUCGUCUCCGCUAGCAUCAGCUGGAAAUGAUCCAAUCAAUGCAAGUGUUCAUCCACACCCGUACGGAAUGGCGAACAGGAAAAAUCGCUCGAUUAAGGGCCCAUCAUCUUCUCCAUACCACCAGUAAAAUUACUUUUAUCUAUGGAUAUCUAUUACUGAUAACAUUUCAACUUUUUCUAAACAAUAGUUUUGAUAGUAUAUUAACUAUCAGUGCGUUACAACUAUCGUUUUUAAUUAAAAAAUAACUCUUGAGUUCAAUUAAUUGAAUUCGAGGAGACGAAAUUAUUGUUCAUUUCUCGCGAAACUGAAAGCGACGAUUAAGUAGUAAAACAAACUUGUAAAAGCGACAGGUGUCACGCUUAUCACUCUCAAUCAAUGGAUAAGCUGUAUAUAUGAAUUUUUCGCUUAAUACUGUUUUCUUUUUAUUCUUUUUUUUUCAAUUUUCUUCAGUUCUAUCGAAAGAAGGAAAAUCUUUGAAACCAAAAUAAACUAACUCAAUGGUCAUGUCUAUACACAAACAUUGGAGAUUUUCAUGAUGCUGACUGUUCUGUAAUAUUCAUGUCAAAUCCGACUAAGUAAUAUUUGUUUCAAAUUUUGUGAUCUAAAACUAAUUGACCUACCCAUCAUAGGUGUCGGAAUGCUCUCCUAGUCAAUAUUAAGAACGUUAUUGACUGUUCCAUAAUUGCGGGCGAAAUGCAGCACUGUGCUAAAUAUCGGCCGCACUUAUGUAUGUCAUAUAUAAGAACUAAAUGUUGGCUAUAUCUAACAUCAGAUGAAGAUUGAUAUACAUUAUCCAUAUGCCGAACGAUAUAAUAAGCUUGAUACCGAAAGAUGACAUUAAAAUUAAAAUAACAUUAUCCUAAAUCUGAUAGCCAGCCCGGCUACAUCGUUGGAUGACGAAAACGGAACAGUUGGUACUCAGUGGAAAUGACAAAAUGUUCUGCUUAAAAGAUAAAAUUCUAGCAUGUUUUGAAAUAAGAGUUUCCACUGUAAUAGUAAAAAUAAUAUGCAUUAAAUAAAAUCAACUGAAAACAUAA